CAAUUUUGGAGACGAGGUGGAGCAAUCUCUGGUUGAAGAAGAGUCCCUAUUUCUGAAGCAAGACGCGUCUUAGCUGAUUGCUGACUGAGAUUUUGGGAAAUCUUCAAUAAUUCUAUGGCAGAAUUGAAGAAAUUAGUGGUCAACAUUGCUGCUGAAGAAGAAAUCACUUAUCUGUGUAUGGAAGCCUUUUGAGUAUGUACCAACUCAACUGUUGCUAGUAGAUCAUAGGAGGUGAUUUGGCUUGUGCGAGUAACUGCUGCUUGUAGAGAGAGUGUGUUAUUUUUCACUCGUGAGUUCUAUUGACAGUAAAGUCUGUUGGUGGCAAUUAGUUUUUUGGGGGGCAGGGUGUUCUUUGGGUUGAUCUUAGAUGCACACAUCUCAGAAACAUAAAACGUCAGCCAGUAUCCACAGGUAUCCCCAACCUGUUCAGGAAAUUGAACCUUUUCGUGUCUCUCAAAUCCAAAUCUUAGAUAACAAUGCAUCCUCGGAUCUUGGGAGCCAAGGAGCAACUGUCUCAUUUCAGACCAAGGAUCAGUUUUUUACCCUGGAAUCAUCUACAACCACUGCUGGUUUUGCUUAUGAUUCCCCCUCUGCAGUAAGUAUCACAUCCAACAGAAACCCCUUUUCCCCACAAGGCUCUAAUUCAGGUCUGUCUGAUCCUCGUCACUCCCCUGAAAAUGCCUAUGGAUCACCAUUUAGUGGAUCUUCUGUUGCCGAUGAUAACUAUGAACUUAAGCAAAAACUGAGAGAGCUAGAAGUUUCACUUUUGGGGCCUGAGUCAGAUAUUAUAGAUACCUGCAACUGCUGCUUCACCAAUGGUGCCACACAUGCUGCUUCUGUGGCAAACUGGAACCAGAAUGAAUUGAUGGAAAUGAUCCCUAAAUUAGACUUGAAGAAAGUUCUUGUUGCUUGUGGCCAAGCGGUAUCAGUAGAUGAGAUGUCAACAGCUGCAGGUUUCAUGCACAUCUUGGAGAAAAUGGUUUCAGUCUCUGGGGAGCCAAUCCAGCGGUUAGGUGCUUAUGUGUUGGAGGGGCUCAGAGCAAAGUUGGAGUCCUCAGGGAGUAAAAUCUACAAAGCGCUGAGGUGUGAAGAACCAACGAGCUCAGAACUGAUGUCAUACAUGACUAUCCUCUUCCAGAUCUGUCCAUACUGGAAGUUUGCAUACAUGUCCGCAAAUGUUGUGAUCAAGGAAGCGAUGGAAAAUGAACCAAUAAUUCACAUAAUUGAUUUCCAGAUAGCACAGGGCACCCAGUGGAUGUUCCUCAUGGCAGCUCUUGCAAAACGCCAUGGUGGACCUCCGUUACUACGUGUAACUGGUAUUGAUGAUUCCCAGUCAAAACAUGCCCGUGGUGGGGGCCUUCAUAUCGUGGGGGAGAGACUAGCAAAAUUUGCUCAGGAUCGGAAUGUGCCAUUUGAGUUUCAUGAUGCUGCCAUGUCUGGUUGUGAAGUUCAAGUAGAACAUCUAAGGGUUCAACCUGGGGAGGCCAUAGCUGUGAAUUUUCCUUAUGUAUUGCAUCACAUGCCAGAUGAGAGUGUCAACAUCUGGAAUCCCAGGGACAGGCUACUAAGGCUGGUCAAGAGUUUGUCACCCAAGGUUGUGACCCUUAUUGAGCAAGAGUCCAACACCAACACAUCCCCAUUCUUUCACAGGUUUAUCGAGACACUGGAUUACUACACUGCGAUGUUUGAAUCAAUAGACGUUGCUCGUCCAAGGGAAGACAAGGAGAGAAUCAGCGCAGAGCAGCAGUGCGUGGCACGUGACAUAGUCAACAUGAUAGCCUGUGAGGGGGCUGAGAGGGUGGAACGGCAUGAACUUCUUGGAAAAUGGAGGUCAAGGUUAACCAUGGCUGGCUUUACUCAAUGCCCAUUGAGUUCCUCAGUGACUGACGUCGUUGUCAAUCUCUUGAAAGACUUCCACACAAACUACAGAAUCCAAGAAAAAGACGGGGCCCUCUAUCUUCAUUGGGUGAAUAGAGCUAUGGCUACCUGUUCUGCAUGGAGGUGAAAUUCUCAUAGUGCUUGGCUCUGUGGUGUAAAAUCUGUAAAUUUUCCAAAAACACAGCUCUGCUCUCUUGACUAGCAUGACUCUUGCGUUUUCAGAACCAGGAGAUUAGCUUCUCUCAAUCCGUUAGUGUAGUUUUAGACCAAGAACCAUAAACUUCAAUUUUCACUGUAAAUUUCCACCACCUAAUGAAAGAAGGAAUCUUGA